UUGGAUUUGAUGGUCUGUCUUCUUUCAUUCAUGGUGGUUGUGGGGAAAAGUAAUAAAUGUCACAUGAAUGCCCAUUUAAAGGAAUGCCAACUAAAUACUGAGGGUAGAGAAGGUGAGGACCCUGACGUUGUAUCCUCCAAAACUACCUACUAGACAGACAGUCAUAGAGUGAUGAGUAGCAGACUUUGUUUAUUCCCGCGAGACCCAUUUUUUUUUUUUCUUCGCCCGGAGCAAAUGAAAGAUGACUGUACAAGCGUGUGGCUUUACUUGGUGUGAAAUGAGGCUUGACCUGCAGUGCAAUAAUACUUGGUACUCUUUUUCCAGCUCUAGUAUUCAAGAGCAAGUGAAGGCCUUUGACUCUGAGAUCUGACUGGCAUGUUAUCUCGAGAAAUGUUGUUUCAGUGAUUCUUGUUGAAUAUAAUGGAAGAAAUACAAUCGUGUACAGACACAAACAGGUCGUCUUCUUCCUCAAGUAGUCCUGCUAGUGCAAAUCCAUUGCCAUCCACAUCAUAUUUCUUUCUGAGGAAGCCAGGCUCAGGUCCCCAGCUCCGCUCAGUUGAGUUUGAGGAUUCUCCUGAAUGGGAAGACGAAGAUGAUGUGGAGGCUGACAUAGAAGAGGAGGGAGAGGGAGGGGGAGGGGCAGGGGAAGCGGCAGAGCCCUCUGCCUCUGCACACCUGCCAAAACAUGGCAAUGCUUCUUCCCAGUCGGUCGAUGCCUUACAGCCAAAUAAAGCUGGAGGAGCAACACUUGUGUGGAAGGACUUGACAAUUACAAUGCCCGGCAAGAGGAAGUAUUCUGACAAGGUUAUAAAGAGCUCAACUGGGUAUGCAUUGCCAGGGACACUCACAGUUAUCAUGGGCCCUGCCAAAUCAGGGAAGUCCACUUUGCUCAGAACACUAGCAGGAUUAGCACCCACUUCUGCCAAAGUUUAUGGAAAUGUUCUUGUCAAUGGGAGGAAAUCCAAGUUGGAGUAUGGCUCUUAUGGAUAUGUUGAGCGAGCAGAUCAGCUGAUUGAAUUACUCACAGUAAGGGAGAUGCUGUACUACUCAGCCCUUUUACAACUUCCUGAAAUCAUUCCUUACAAGAAGGCUGAUAUUGUAGAGGAGACCAUAUUGGCAAUGUCACUGGAGGAUUAUGCAGAUAGACACAUAGGUGGUAACUGCUAUUGCAAGGGCUUAGCAAGAGGUGAAAGAAGGCGUCUCAGCAUAGCGAGGGAGCUGUUAACAAGUCCAUAUAUACUGUUUAUAGAUGAACCCCUAUAUCAUCUUGACAGUGUAUCAGCACUCCUGAUGAUGGUGACACUGAAAAAACUUACAAGUACAGGGUGCACGAUUGUCUUUACCAUGUACCAGAGCAGCACUGAAGUAUUUGGCCUUUUUGACAGAAUAUGCUUACUUUCAAAUGGAAGAGAGUUAUUCUUUGGUGAAACAUUAGCAUGCUUACAACAUUUUGCAAAUGCAGGAUUUCCCUGUCCUGUCAUGCAAAGUCCUUCUGAUCACUUUCUUCGGGCAAUCAAUACUGAUUUUGAUAGGAUAAUUGCCAUGUGCAAGAAUUGGCAGGAUGACCAGGGAGAUUUUUCCUCCGUUAAUAUGGACACAGCUGUUGCUAUUCAGACUCUUGAGACCACAUAUGAGGCAUCGACAGAUGCUGCUUCUGUUGAAGCAAUGGUAGUGGAUCUUACAAAAAAGGAAGGUCCAAUUCUUGAAGGCCAAGGCAAUGCAAGAACUUUGACACGUAUUGCAGUUUUGACGUGGAGGUCAUCCCUGAUCAUGUUCAGAGAUAUAAGAUAUUUUUGGCUUCGGCUACUGUUAUUUAUACUCCUUAUGAUCUGCAUGGGAACAGCAUUUUCAAAUAUUGGCCAUUCUUUGUAUUCCAUAGGGGUAAGAGUUGCAGCAGUUUUCUUCUUUGUAGCUUUCACAUCUUUGAUGAGUAUUGGUGGCUUUCCUGCACAUAUCAGAGAAAUUAAGGUUUUCAUGCAUGAAAAAUCAAACAGGCACACAGGAGCCUUUGUAUUUUCCUUGGGGAACUUGUUUGCCUGUAUUCCUUUCUUAUUUCUCAUCUCGCUUUCCUGUUCCCUGAUCAUCUACUUCCUUCUUGGGAUGCGUUCGGCUUUUGGCUUGUUCAUGUAUUUCAUGUUAAACUUCUUUCUUUGCCUUCUAAUAAAUGAAGGCCUGCAGAUGGUUGUUGCAUCAGUGUUGCCACAGUUAUUUAAAGGAAUUAUCACAAUUGUGUUUUUGCAGGGUAUUAUGAUGCUUGCUGCGGGUUAUUUCAGGCUUAGAGAGGAACUACCUCGGCCAGUCUGGAAGUAUCCUUUAUCUUACCUUGCUUUUCACACUUAUGCCAUAGAGGGUCUCCUAGAAAAUGAAUACACAGGAACAUCCUUUGCAGUUGGUCAGAUUAGAUCCAUACCUGGAGAUCAGGCUGUUCAUGAUUCUUAUAACAUUUCUAGUUCAAGAAAUGCAAAGUGGCUAAACCUACUUAUUCUGGCUGUCAUAGCCAUUGGAUAUCGGAUCAUUUUGUUUUUUUCACUUCAUUUUGAAGUAAGACGCAAAGCUUUGUCUAUUAAAUACUGUAAACAAGAUAAAUAACCUUCCUAAUGAAGGCAAGAAAUUAUUUUCCUUACCAGAAAUUUGUCCUUAUAAAAUAAGGAGCUGGCAAAUAUUAGUGUACAGUUUGUGCUAUUGGUUCAAGCAAAUUAGUUCUAGGCAUACAGAGUACUACAAUUUUGAUUGGCAAUACCAACUGGGCUUUUGCUGGAAUGACAUACUUCGUUCUUAUGAACAAUCUGAUAAGUCAGUAUUAUUCUUUCAUUUAAGAUUGUGAUUUUCCUGUA